AAUGCAUUCAUAUUAACAGCAAGAACUUAUUGACUUACUGUAAAACCAUUCCAAUAUAGCUAUCGAUCGCCAAUUGAUAAGUUAAUUGUAUAAUAAAUGUUUGCAAGAUGUAAACACCUGAAUUAGUAUUAUAGCAUAAACAAUGCACACUUCCUUAGUUUGAGAAGGUAUACAAAGAGGCAAUUUAAUUAUUGAGCCAAAAAAUAGCUAAUUCAAAAUAACAAUUACAAGAAGAAUAGGAUAAUUUAGUAUCAAUAGAUGAAAGAUUGAAAAAUACUCCAUUAAUUAAUAAUAAUAAUCAUAGGAUUCCAAUGAGAUUAACUCUACAUUCAGCAUCAGUAUUGAAUUUGUAAGUGCACAACAAGUUUAUGGUAGGAUCUUUUGCAUUUUAUAUGAAGAUAGAGGAUUAUUAUGAAUAUGAAAGUGAUUUCAAACCAAGUUAUAAUUUACAAUUCUAAAUUAAUCAAACUAUAGAUAUUUUAGAUGUUGGUGAUAGUAUUCUACUUGCUUUGAAUACAAAUACUUAAAAUUAGAUGAACACUACUAUUGUGAUACCAACAUAUUCUUUAUAGUUUAAUAAAAAUGUUACUGAAUUACUGACUUAAAAAGAGAAUGGAGAAUUAUUAGAAAUAGAAAUUACAUAUGAAAUUAAAGUCUUAGAUUAGAAGUUAUUGACUCUAUAAUUAAAUUAGGCUCGUAAUUUAGUAAUAUCAUAUAUUAAGAAAUUCGAAGAUGAAUUAGAAGAUUAUUCUUUGUAAUUGCAAGACUUGAGAUAAAUAAAGAUUCCUUAAAAUAAUAAUGAAAUUUCAAAUGAAUUAAAUGAUGGAUAGUAAAAUUAGAGUAGAUAAGAGCCAUCACAUAAUACAUAUACAAUUGGAGUUCCAGAUUAUUAUCAUAAACCUUUAGAAUUAUAGAGUUAGGAUUGUUAAUAAAAUCCUUAACCUUAAGAAAGAUAAUCAAGUAUCAUACCUUAUAUAUUUGGAAUUAUUUUAGCUUCAUUUAGUAACAUUUUUUUUAAUGUAUUAUUUGAAUUAUCUUUGUUAAUGAUUGUUUUGAUAGUUGUAUUAAAAGAUGAUAGAACUAAUGUGUUAACAAAAUUAAUGAUCCUAUUAUCAUGGAUAAUGUUUGGAUUAAAUUUAUGGUUGCAUUAAUCAUAGAUUUUGAUCAACAUAAUAAGUAUAUAAAUAGGAUGGUUAGGAUUAUGUAUAUUAUAAUUAUAUAAAAUUUAUUUAAUUUUUUUAUGAUAAAAUAAAUAAUAACUACACCUUUGUUUUAUGUGAAUGCAUAACCACAUAUUGGUCAUCUCUAUUCAAUGAUUUAUGCAGAUGCCAUUGCUAAGUAUAAAUCUGUAAAAUUGUUGACAGGAACUGAUGAACAUGGAUUAAAAGUCUACAGAAGUGCUAAACAUCAACCACUCUAAUAAUAUUGUGAUUCAAUUUCAGAUCAAUUCAAAUAAUUAGCUAAUUCAUUUAUUAAGUAUGAUUAAUUUGUAAGAACCACUGAUCCACAGCAUAUCAUAAAAGUGUAAAAGAAUUGGAAUGUGCUUUAAAAUAAUGGAUUUAUUAUUAAGGAUACUUAUAAAGGAUAUUAUUGUUAAGUUGAAGAAUCAUUUGUGAAUCAUAAAACUGAUUAAUAUUUGGAAGAAGAUAAUUAUUUUUUCAAAGUUGAUAAAGAUUAUCUUGAAACUUGUAUUAAAAAUUCACCAUCUAGAUAUUAAAAUGAACUAAAAUAAUUAAUAAUAAAUAGUAUUUGUAUUAGCAGACCUAAACAAAGAUAUUAUUGGGGAAUUGAGGUUCCUAAUGAUAAUAAUUAAUUAAUUUAUGUAUGGUUGGAUGCUUUAUUAGGUUAUUUAUAAGAAGAGUAACAUCAUUAUAUGCAUGUUAUAGGUAAAGAUAUAGUUAGAUUUCAUGCUUUAUAUUGGCCUUGUUUUUUAAAAGGAAUUAAUAAUCAAUCUACAACUGAAUUGAUAGUGCAUAAUCAUUGGAUAAGAAAUAAUGUAAAUAUAAUAUAUUAUAAUUAAGAUGAAAAUGUCUAAGUCUCUUGGAAAUGUGAUAGAUCCAUUCUAAUUAUUAAAAAAAUACAACUAAAAUCAAAUUAGAUUAUAUUUCCUAACUUAAGGACCAUAAAAUAUGGAUGUUUCAUUUGAAGAGAAUAAAUUAGAGAAGUGUUGGAAUACUUACAUAGAUCAAUUUAAUAAUAUUUUAUUUAGAUUAUUUAGACCAAAGAUAAUAUCACCAAAUCUACUAUUAUUAUAAUAACAUUUAUUGGAUGAUCAAUUAUUAUAAACAAAAUAAUCAUUUAUAGAAUUGCAUAAAAAUACUAAAGCAUUUUUAGAUAAGAAUUAAUUUAUAGAAGGUUAUUUAGAAUUAUAAAAGAUUUUUGUACUCAUAAAUACAUUAAUAGAUAAAAAUUAACCAUGGAAAAUGCAAGAUUAAUUUAAAAAAGAAUAAUUUCUAAGUUUUAUUUGCAUUUUAAUAUCAAUGACUUAAUAAAUAUUAAAUAUAUAUGUUUAAACUCCUAAUAUCAUAACACCAUAAUUUAAAGAAUUUCCUUAAAAUAAUAAUGUUUAAGUAACAGUAGAUUUAGAGUAAGAUUUAAGAUUAAAAAGAUUCAUCAUUAAUUGA